GGAGUCUCGGGCUGGAGUGCAGUGGUGCGAUCUCGGCUCACUGCAACCUCCGCCCUUCGCCUCCUGGGUUCGGGUUGAAGCGAUUCUCCUGCCUCAGCCCUCCUGAGUAGCUGGGAUUACAGGAGCGCGCCACCACGCCCGACUAAUUUUUUUUUUUUUUUUGUAUUUUUAGUAGAGACGGGGUUUCACCACAUUGGUCAGGCUGGUCUCGAACUCCUGACCUCAUGAUCCACCCGCCUCGGCCUCCCAAAGUGCUGGGAUUACAGGCGUGAGCCACCGUGCCCGGCCCAAGGCUCAUCUUUCUUAAGCCCUUAAAGCACUUUAUACACACAUUACCUCAUGGUAUUACCACCCUCAUUCAACAGAUGAGGAAAACUAGUUUCAAGCAAGUUCACUGAGGAUCAGAGAUGUUAAAUGAUUUGCCUAAAGUUAGAGAACUAAUAAGUGAGAAAGCUAGUCCUGCUGCGUUUUAUUAACGUGCCAAUCAGCUGCCCAGGAAGAUAAUGAAAACUGAAGUUGAGUAAGAGAGGCAGCAAAAGCCACAGCGGUGACGUUCCCAGCCUGGCUCGCUUCCGGCACUGACGCCUCCAGCCACGACCUCUAGACUUCAGCCCUUCCAUUGGUCGUCCGUCACAGUGCCACAAUACGCCAUGCUCACACGAGGGCCUGCAGCCAAUCAGCGCGGCUCAUCUUCGCCCAGCCAGGACACGCAGGAUCGCGUUACCUGUCCCUCCCGCGGGCACGUUGGGAGUUGUAGUCUUAUUAUGUAUUUCCGCCCUUAGUGUGGGGAGAGCGGGAACUACUCGACCCACAGAGCCGAUCGCGGAGCGGAUUCUGCUUUUAGGAGUACCCGCCAACAAGCGGGACCGAGCAGGAAUCAGCAUCUGGGAACAGAAUGAACGGAGACCAGAAAUCAGAUGUUUAUGCCCAAGAAAAGCAGGAUUUUGUUCAGCACUUCUCCCAGAUCGUUAGGAUGCUGACUGAGGAUGAGAUGGGGCACCCAGAGACAGGAGAUGCUAUUGCCCGGCUCAAGGAGGUCCUGGAGUACAAUGCCAUUGGAGGCAAGUAUCACCGGGGUUUGACGGUGGUAGUAGCAUUCCGGGAGCUGGUGCAGCCAAGGAAACAGGAUGCUGAUAGUCUCCAGCGGGCCCGGACUGUGGGCUGGUGUGUGGAACUGCUGCAAGCUUUCUUCCUGGUGGCAGAUGACAUCAUGGAUUCAUCCCUCACCCGCCGGGGACAGAUCUGCUGGUAUCAGAAGCCAGGCGUGGGUUUGGAUGCCAUCAAUGAUGCUAACCUCCUGGAAGCAUGUAUCUACCGCCUGCUGAAGCUCUAUUGCCGGGAGCAGCCCUAUUACCUGAACCUGAUUGAGCUCUUCCUGCAGAGUUCCUAUCAGACUGAGAUUGGGCAGACUCUGGACCUCAUCACAGCCCCCCAGGGCAAUGUGGAUCUUGUCAGAUUCACUGAAAAGAGGUACAAAUCUAUUGUCAAGUACAAGACAGCUUUCUACUCCUUCUACCUUCCUAUAGCUGCAGCCAUGUACAUGGCAGGAAUUGAUGGCGAGAAGGAGCAUGCCAAUGCCAAGAAGAUCCUGCUGGAGAUGGGGGAGUUCUUUCAGAUUCAGGAUGAUUACCUUGACCUCUUUGGGGACCCCAGUGUGACCGGCAAAAUUGGCACUGACAUCCAGGACAACAAAUGCAGCUGGCUGGUGGUUCAGUGUCUGCAACGGGCCACUCCAGAACAGUACCAGAUCCUGAAGGAAAAUUACGGGCAGAAGGAGGCUGAGAAAGUGGCCCGGGUGAAGGCGCUAUAUGAGGAGCUGGAUCUGCCGGCUGUGUUCUUGCAAUAUGAGGAAGACAGUUACAGCCACAUUAUGGCUCUCAUUGAACAGUACGCAGCACCCCUGCCCCCAGCCAUCUUUCUGGGGCUUGCGCGCAAAAUCUACAAGCGGAGAAAGUGACCUAGAGACUGCAAGGGCGGGGAGAGGAGGCUCUCAAUAAAUAAUCGUGUAACCUU